CUGCUGCCUCGCGUAGGGUACCGACGAAUAUACCGACGCAGCCGCGCGACGGCUCCAAGACUUCGCAGUUCAGUCGCGAUUGUGCGUUUAAUACAUGCAGUAGUCGAGUGCAGGGUGUCGCGUUGUCUACGCUGUGCAGUGUGCAGUGUGUCGUGCUGUGCCGUUCAGCAGCGUUGUGUGCGCUGCGCCGCGGCGUAUCGUUAUUAUUACACACAUAAACAACGUUACGUCUCUUACUCCUAUCGUGUAAUAUAGCACACACAACAACAAGCUCGACGUUACAUAUACAUUGAGAAUAUAUAGCACGAGGCAACGACGACGACCUACGACGAUCGUGCGGCUUUUAAUUUCUGUGUUUUUUGUUUUUAAUUUACAAAAAAACAACGUGUGAAUCCAAGAGUCACAAAGGAGCAGAAAGCAUCGUCGUCUUGGGGUUACACCUGCGCUCGAUAAUCAAAAGUAAAAAAAAUUGCCAGUGUCUGUGUAUGUGCUCUGCUCACUCGUGCGUGCUACUACUCUGCAAAUUCGUGCUUUGAUAUAAAAUAAUAAUUACAUAAAAAGUGAAGCAGUGGUGAUUCGUGAACCCGCGCGCCCGAGCUCUCGACUCGAACGCGCGCAGCAGGCGUGUACCACGGCAGCGGAGAGUGACACUCCGUUUUCCCUUCUUUUAGUUGUUGUUGUUGUUUUGUUGCAUCGUCGCAUCGAUAUUCACACAGUUCAUGUAACAACGCUGCUCAGCUGCGGUAUAUAGUGUACAGUGUGCUUGCGCGAGUGUGUGUGCGUGUUUUUGCCUCCGCAGCAGCAAGUGCUUCGAGAGUGCAGUGUUAAACACAGAGUCACUUACCAACUCAUACUCACACACACACACAUCUACACGCUUCAUCUCUCUCUCGCUCUCUUCCAGUGCAGUGUGCAGUGCAGUGUUUUCCAAGUGUGUGUACGUGCGUGUGUCCGUGUGUGCACUAUUGCAACGCACACCGCAACGUAUAUAUAACCCCCAUAUGCAAGAGAAGAAGAGGAGCAGCAGCAGCAGCAGUAAAACGCAGCGUUGAUGUCGCUGAUGUGCUGGAUCGCCGACAACUACUACUACCACCACUAGCUCUAGCCUCUGUGUCAGCUUGCUACUGUGCCGAGGCGCGAAAAGCAUUUUCGUAUUAUUAUUGAAUUAAGCUACGUUGCUUGGUAAUAGUAAUUAAGUUUGAAUCAACAAAGAGAGUGUGUUGCUUCUGCUCUCUACUACUACUACUACUACUGUGCUACCCUACAAAGUGCCAGGCGUGUGUAUAUGUGCCCUGCAGUGUGCAAGUGUUUGUGAUAGUACAGAUAUAUGUAUGAUAUUUGUGCUUCGGUGUGGGUGCUAUAUACAACGUGCUACUGCUCCGUCAACAACGUGUUCACUUCAUCGUCAUCGUCGUCAUCAACAACAACAACAACGCAAAGUGUCGUCAACCGCAGAUAGUUACGAUAAUAUUCUGCCCCGGCCACAGGUAUAUAAUACACGCAACUCGAGAGCCGCUAUCGCUCCGAAUGUCAGCUGCGUAUAAUGUGCCAGAUCAAGGGAGACAUUCACAGGCUCGUCAAGCAUAACACUCUGUUCUAUCGAGAGAUCAUCAGCUGAUCGACUCUGAUAAUAAUCGGAACAAAUCUGCGAAAUCGUCAUCCAUCAUCUUCCACCACGGCAGCCACUCCGAGCGGAGCGACUCGCCCUCACUCACUCACCACCACCAAUAUCCACCACCCUGUCUGCCUGCCGUGAUAAAUGGAUCCUGGCCCCUGGUAUGCCACCUACAGCAGCAGCAGCAGCAGCAGCAGCAAUCGCUCGAGCGUCGCCGGCGCCGUGUCGUCCGCCUUCUCCACGGAUCACAACAACCUGGACCAGACGCUGCUGCUGUCGUCCAGCGCCGUGCCGGCCGCGAUCGUUAGCGGCAGCGUCGAGAAUGGAGGCGGCUCCAUCAUCGUCUCGACCAGCUCGAGCGCUCCACAAAUCAUUCUACAGGCGACUCACACGACGGCGAGCCUCGGCUCGUCGGGCCAGACGUCGCCCUUCAGCCCGACGAGCUUUCUGCAGGCGAGCGGCGCCGCGCCAGUGAGCUACGACGUCUUCUCGCCCUUCUCGUUCAACAGUCCGAAGCAGGCCACGAGCUACGUGUCCGGUGUCCAGAGCGUGGGCGGCACCGCUCAGGGCGGAGUGUCGAGCUCGCAACCCGGAUCGCCCGAGGAGGCGAGCUUCGCUUCGUCGCAGAACAACGACUCGUACUAUCGAACGUCGACGUCGUCGCCCACCGCCGCCUGGAGCCUCACCAAUCCCAAAACACAGACCACCCAGGACAAUCCGUUCGGUAUCCUGCCGCACGAGAGCGUAACCGCCGUGGCCUCGCCGCCGCAAGCUACGAAGCAGCAGCAGCCCACUAAUAGCAGCAGCGGUAGCUACAGCGUCUACAGUCCUCACAACGGUUCCGCGACGGAGGCAGCCAAGACACCGAGUGCUUGGUCCUCCUCUUCGAAGCAGCAGCAGAGCCGAACGACCACCGAGUCGCCCAUAGACGAUAACGCGUCGUUUUACAAUCAUCACAAUGGCGGUGCAUCGGCGUAUUCUCCUGCCGAUGGUACGCAUCAGUCCUGCAUCGUUACGACGCCCAACGUGCUGUCGUCGAGCUCGCCCGUGCCGACGACCAUCUACCUCACGGCGGCCACGACGACGACGCAGAAUCAGCAGACCGUCGUUGCGAAUAGCCACGACGAGAGCAGCCAGUCGUCGCCCGUCAGUUACUCCAUCAUGAGCUACGCGUCACCCAGCCAGGCCAGCCAAGCCUCGAACAACGGCAAGGCUAGCGGCAACGGUGCAGCCGCCGCCACGGUGCAGUUUCACGUGCUCGGCCAGGCGCAGCAACAACAGCAGCGACUCUACGCCACGACCGAUCAGGAGUACCAUCAUCCCGUCCGCUCCAAAUCCGCCGCCUCGACCGACAGCGCCUACUCGUCCAGCACGUCCCAGAACGGACCCGAUUGCGGCGGCGCUCCGGGUGUCGUGCCCCGCCGGCCUAGCCCGAUGCAGUCGUCCUCGUCGCACUCGCAGGCCAGUCCGCUCGGGCACGUGCCCAGUCCCGCGACCUAUCCCAUGUACAACAGUCCGAUGACGAGCAUGUCGUCGCCGUCGCCGUUGCAGCAGCAGCAGCAGCAGCAGGCAAACGUUGUGCAGAUGACGCCGCCCUCGCCUAUGAUCGACGCCGUGACGAGGUCGCCCUCUCAGCAGCAGCAGCAGAAUCAAGUCGUGUACUCGUCGGUGAUUACGAGGGCUUUGGGUACGCAGAACGACGGCGGCGUCAGCAAAGCGUAUAAUACGGCCGAUGGCUCGAAUUACGAGAGAACGCAGGACUACGUGCAAACGACGAAGCAAUUGUGCCCGUGGGACGGCGAUAUUCAACAGCAGCAACAAACGACAACCGCGUAUCUGACCGGUAACGACCAAUCGGAUACGCGAGUGCUGACGACCCACCAGAUUCACGGCCUGCUCGAUCAUCAUCAGCAACAACAUCAACAUCAACAUCAUCAUCAUCUCGAGACGAGCACCAUCAAUCUGCAGGACCUGUCGACGGACGACGAUCCGCGCGAGCUCAACGGCCGGCGCUGCGCCAAGAUCGCGCCGAAGCGCGCCCUGCCCAUGACCACGGGCCUCGAGAGCGAGCUGGCCAACUCGGUGAGCUAUCAGCUCGAGGCCCUGACGGCCAGCGGUCAAGUGGUGCUCAACGCUCAGACGAGUCAACAAAACGGAGGAUAUAUCGAACUGGAGCGAUGGAAUCUCACGCCGCUGCAGAACGGAGCGAAGAUCAUCGCCGCGGCGCCGGCGGCGGCCGCCCCGACCUACGUCACAACGCAGCAGCAGCAUCAGCAACAGCAGCAGCAAUCGGCUGCCGCCGCGGCCGCGGCUCAGGUUGUUCAAGCGGCGAGCCUCGUCACGGCCAAUCCCACGCUGCUGGUCGCCCAUCCGCCCACGAUCUCGUACUAUCCGACCUUUCACAUAGCACAAGCGACGCCGCACAUAACGACGCAUCUGCAGCCGCAGCAGCAGCCUCAGCCACAGACGACGACGGUCGUGUCGUCGGAUCUGCAGCACACGAUAGAGAUCAGCACUCUGGACCUGCAGAACGACUGUCAGCAGCAUCUGCCGCAACAGCAACAGCAGCAGCAACAGCAAACGCAGCUGAUAACUAUCCAGCAGCAGGACAUCAACUCGUACAAUCCGGACAACGUGGUGAGAGAGGAGAGGCCGCAGGUGAUAGUGCCGGAUAUAGAGGAGGAGCUGGGCUUUCUCAAGCAAGUCAACAAUACAACGACGACGACGACGACGCAGCGACACUCUCAGCAUCAACAGCAGAAUCAUCAUCGACACAAUCACCACAACAACGGUCAUUAUCACAAUCAGCAGUCUCGUCACGGCAACGGUCAGCAGCUUCACCUUCAGCAUCAGCAGCAUCAGCAGCAACACAACAAUCAUCAUCACAAUAAUCAUCACGGUGUCGUUACCAAUAACGAGCCAAACUCCGGCUUUAUGACCAGCUUCUUGAAGUUCCUGCAAGGCGAGAAGGACAGCUCGCCGCCGCCCUUGGCCCGAGGAGGUCGCAAGACGGGCUCUUGGCCGAAGGCCGUCAACAAGCCGUACAGCAAUUCGGCGUCGAACUCGGCCGACGCUUGGAGCAACAACCGUAACAGCACCUCCAACAGUACGACGGAUACGAAGGACAAGCCAGUCAUCGAUUACGCCAACGAUCCGCGCUAUUUUCCACUGCCCAAGGAGCGCAAACGCUUCGACUCGAGCGACGACGGUUUCUCCUCGAGCGAGAACGAACUCGGCGGCGGCAGCAGUCACUUGGUGGCAGCGAAUUGCCGCAACAAGGCUGGCGGCAAAUCGAAGGAAAACUCGCGCCAGAACGGCGGAGGAGAGGACUCUAACGCAGCAGCGAGCAGCGGCUUACCGUACGGCUUGGGACCGGCGUUACCGAUCAAGCCGCCGGAGGGUCGGCCGAAGAAAGGUCGUCCCAUAAAACCAGGCGGUCCGACCGACAGGAAACGGAAGGCUGCCGCUGCGGCGGCUGCGGCCGCGGCCGAGGCAGCCGCUAAAGGCCUGCCUUAUCCGCCCAUACCCGAGUCCAAAAAGAAGAAGCUUCAACAACAGCAGCAGCAGCAAUCGAUGCCGAGGCGCGAGAGCAGCCGGCGCAAGGCCAAGGAGAAGCCCAAGCUGGACAGCGAGAGCCGCUCGGGCCAGGGCGACGAUCCCAACGACGAGAUGGACGACGAGCUCGGCGACUCGGACUCGGAUCCGGCCUGGACGCCGGUCAAGUCGUCGGCCGACGAGGACGAGCACAAGCAUCGGCGCAAGCGCGGCCGGCCGCCCGUCAUAUUCAAGCGUGCCUACAACAAGAGGCACAGCGAUUUUCUCGACGAUUCUUCGUCCUCUACACAGCAGCAGCAUCAACCAAAGAGACCUGGAAGAAAGCGAAAGAACCACGUGGAGGCGCAGAGAGUGGCCAACAGCAGGAGCAGCGGUUUGGCUGCGGGCAGCGUCGCUGGUAAUGGUCUGGUGGGUUCCGCCGAGGACAGGUCCUCCUACUCCUCGCACUCGCCCCUCGCCGACGACGAGAUCGACAUCGCUCCGUUCAAGUCCGGCGAGUUCGUUGUGAUAAAAACCGACUUGGAUCAGGAGUACCCUCCGCUCUGGCGCAUAGACGGCAAGACGCUGCUGCAGAAGUACGAGCCGUUUCAGGCUAAUGGAAAAACAUUGUACAGAAAUAUAUCCACGUAUUCCGGUUGGGCUCCGCAGAGUCGCUACAUUUAUCAAAGCGUGCCCGUGAAGUUCUGGCAGCAGAACAAGGAGGAGACGAUCGUCGAAUUUUUGCGCGACCAAAUGACGGUCGACGAGGGGGAGGCGAUCACGAGGUUCAUGAAGGACACGGAAAAGUAUCAAGACAACUUCGAAGUCUACAUACAAACGUUGAUCUCGCAAGCUUUGGACUCCAACUUCUUGACUGAAAUUUUCCAAGAGCAAGACGAGUACUUCUUGCUGAACGUGAAGAAAGUCGACGAGAUCACGGAGGAGCGGAAGCAGAGAUUGCUGUCGACGACGAAGUGGCAGUCGAACGUCAUAACGGCUUUGUCCACGUGGCCUUGCAUCAACUUACUGAAAGACAACAUAGCCGACAGAAACAAGACGUGCUCGGGCUGCGGCAGAGUCAAAUUAUUCUCCCGAAUAUUGCUCUACGGGCAGCCGUACAAUAGCACGACCCUAGAAGGCUGUCCCCCGGUUCCGCAAGUGCCUCAGGAGAAGGACUUUCUUUUCUGCCGAGUGUGCCAGACGAAGGUGAACCUGUUCAACAAAGUGGCGCAUCAGAAGUACCUCAUGUUCCUCGAGUGCGCACGCAUGGUGGCCCAGAAGAGGGCCGGCGACGUGCAUAAGGACACGACCAUCAUUCUCAACGAACUGCUCGCAGACGAGGCGUGGCUCAAUCAGCUCUUCAGGGACGUUCGAGCUAUUUGGGCGGAGAUCGACAGUUUACACGAGAAGGUGCGCAAAAAAGCUGAAAAACUCGCCGCCGCCAACGCCGCCGCUGCUGCCGCUGCCGCCGAAUCCGAGAAUAAGCAGCAGGAGCAACAGAGUCAAGAACUGGAGCAGCAGCAUCAGCAGCAGCAACAGCAGCAAAGUAAUCUCCAGGACAAUUUUAACAACGAAGCCGCUCAGCAACAAAUGCAACUGUUGCAACAGCAGCAGCAGUUGCAAAUGCAGCAAGAGCAGAUUCGACAGAAUCAAUUACAGCGGCAGCAGCUGAAUCUACAGCAACGUCUGAUGAACGGACUAAGCUAUUCCUAGUAUUUCGGAUAAUAAGUGCAUUUCAGCCGAUUUGAGCAGAAGCGUUAUUUCUCUCAACUCCACCAAUGAAAGUACAUGUAUUAAAUGACUCACGUAUUGCAGGCUAACCCGAGCGCGUGCGUAUUGUUUCCGAAGAGCAAUCAUCAAUUUAUAUCGCCUUCUUCAUUCUCCACGUAAUCCGAUGAUUCGCUUUAAAAAAAAAAAGAAAAAGAAAAGGUUAUUGAAAUAAUAAUAAUAAUAAUUGCUGCAAUAUAUCCUUAGGUACGUAUGUAUAAAUAGGACAUAAUUAUUACGCAGAGGACGAAUUCCAAAGGCGUCGCUAGAUGAAAGAAAAAAAUUGCAAAUGUGUGAUGAUUCGGUAGUGUAAUAUGAUUAUACGUAUGCGUGUGUGUAGAGAGGUAGCCGUGAAAAUGAAAAUUUCAUUAGCGCUAAGGGCAGCAUAUCCAAUCGAUUAGCGACGUGAUAUUCGUAUGAUAAUAAUGGAGGUGGUACUUGUUACGUACAUUAUUAUUUUUUUAAAUGUAUAGAUAUAUUUAUAAGUGCUAUGCUCAUAGCAUUCAAGCUAGUCCACUAAUCACGAGAUGGCAACUAUAUUAUAAGGCUAUAAGUAAAGAUACGUGCUUGUUUCUUUUUUCGAUAUGGAAAGUUAUCGUUUUUGUUUUCUUUUUGCGUAACGUAACAAUUGCAUCUUCCUCUCUCUCUCUCUCUCUCAAUAGCUUAAAAUGCAAAAUGUAUAAACGAGUAUAUGCAUAAUGAUACCGGAUCUUUUCUUCCACUUUAUGACAUGUAAGAUCAUGAGCCAAACGAAUAAUUAUUAUGAUAUAGCAGCUUUUUUAUUUCGAAGCAUUCAGUAAGAAGUAUAUUUAUGAAUAACGAUAUUAAUAUUAUAAAUAGCAGAUUAUAAAAAGGUUAAAUAUCAUUGACAAUUAUACCGAGUGGCAAAUUAUCAAGUUAAAACUUCUAAAUGUAGAUUUAGUAAAGAUAUCUUUUAGUAUAAUAUCAAAAUUAUAUAAGAGAAUGAAAAUCAAACAUUUUUGAUACAAAUUCUUUUCUCUUCGAAUCUGGAUAUGAAAGUAAUGUGACUGUAUCUUUUACAUACAAAGAAAAAGGUACGUCAAAAUGGGCGAGAAUAAUCUUGCGAAUCAAAUUAUUGUGAUACGUGUCUAGAUGUUAAUUAUCACGAUGAAAUUUCGGUUAUUUACUUUUUUGAUAUUUUGUUGUUGUUUAGUUCAAGAUUUUAAAUUACCGACGAUCAUUGAAUAGUCGUAAUGAAAAUUAUUGUAUACCUUGUUUGCUCGUUUAAGUUAUACAAUUCAUUUUUUUGAGGAGUAAUAAACGAACAAAUAAUUUUUGAUGAAUUAUUGAAAAAACUUGAUUUUGUUCGA